AUUGCCCCUCCUCGUAGUCGACCGACUAGAGGAGCGCUGGAUGAUGUCCGAGCACGGAGGGUACCAUGACGACCGCGAUGGCGGCCCGACCUUCGAAGACCUCGCGAUCGACGACUCGCUCACUGACCUCGACCGCGUGAUCCGCUAUGUCGACAGCAACAUUGCGCUGCAGCGGGUCAUCCACGUGCGCAUGCUCGAAGAGACGGCAGUCUCGUCUGGCUACGAGAAGACGUGCACCAGCAUCAUUCCGCUUCUCGAGCCGCUUGUGAGCGACGUCGAGUUUGUCGUACGACAACACGUUGCGGGGCAGCUUCCAGGCCUGUGCAAGUUUCUCGUCUCGGCCGGCGGCGACGACGGCUACAAGAUCGUGCUCGAGACCAUGAUGCCCCUCAUGAGCAAGCUCCUUUCGGACGUCCAAGCCGAAGUCCGGCACAUUGCAUGCGAGAGCCUCGUGACGAUCGCCGAAAUUAUCAAGUCGGAAGACCAAGGCCAACACGUGCUCACGCUCGUCCUGCCGUUUGCGCAUGAAGACGACGACGAGCAGAUGCGCAUCACCGCUCUCAUCUUGCUCAACAAGCUCGCCGUCUUCCUCGGCCGCGACCUCUGCUGCCAAUUCUGCGUCCCCGAGUUCAUCUCGCUCUCCGAAGAUCCGGUUUUCCGCGUCCGGAAGGCCAUGGUGCUCAACUUUGCCAACGUGUGCAUGACGGCGGGCCCGGAGGUCACGGAAGAACGCCUCUUGCCGGCGUACACGCGGCUGGCCAAGGACGAAAUCUGGGGAGUCCGGAAGGCGUGUGCCGAGUCGCUCGUCGAUAUGUCCAAGACGCUUGCACCCGAGAAGCGGGCGUCGGCGCUCACACCGCUCUUCACGGCCUUCUCCCACGACGCCUCCAAGUGGGUUCGUAUCGCGGCCUAUCAGCAACUCGGUCCGUACCUCUCGACACUGCCGCCGCACGAGAUCACCGAGACGCUCACCACGUCGUACGCCGACAUGGCAACGCGUCCGACCGCGCUUCUUCUCAGCGGCGCCGAAGCCGACAUGAAGUUUCACUGCGCCUACAACUUUCCGGCGGUCCUGCUCACGCUCGGACGCGACGGCUGGCCGCGCAUUUCGCGCGCGUUUGAGGCGCUGACCGUCGACGGGUUCUGGAAGGUCCGGCGCACGCUCGCACACUCGCUCCACGAGAUUGCGCGCAUUUUGGGGCCGGAAAUGACCGAGGCGCACCUCACGAGCGCCUUUGACACGUUUCUCCAGGACAUUGACGACGUCAAGAUGGGCUCGAUCACCCAUUUUGCCGACUUUUUGGCCGCCAUUUCACCGACCGCGCGCCACGAGUACCUCGCAGUGCUCGCCGAAUUCAACGAUUUUCAAGCGCACUCGAAAUUCAAGCUCAAGUGGCGCUUCCGCGGCCUCAUUAGCGAGCAACUGCCCGCGAUUUGCACGCUCUUUCCGCCCGCCGACACGUUUGCGAUCGUGGCGCCGCUCAUCUUUCAGCUCGUGACGGACGACGUUGCGUGCGUACGCGACUCGAGCUUCCACGCGGUUCCGCUUCUCUUUGCGUGUUUGGCCGAGAACCCCGAGUGGACCGAGGCCCUUGCCGACCAGGUCCGAGCGCUCCAGGCCUCGUCCGUGUACAUACAUCGCCAGAUUUAUAUCCGCGUCUGUCGGGCGUUUGUCCUUGGCGGCCACGCGCCUCUAUUUGAAGCGUCGCUCGCAGCGCCCUUCUUUGCGCUCGCUAGCGACCCAGUGUUCAACGUCCGGCUUGCGCUCGUGCGUAUCCUUGUCGAGCUCCAAGAGCACUUGACGAUCCCGACCGACGCGCUCCGCGCCCUCGGAAACGACCCCCAUGUCGAUAUCCACGUGUGCUUUACCCAGCUCCGAGGCGCCUCGGACGCGGUGUUGACUACCACCGCCGAGGAGACGACAACGAUGGAAGAGGCCGAUGCGUUGGGCGUGGUAACGGACGCUGUCGACGACCUAAAGCUCGUCGUCGAGGAAGAGUCUCCAAGCACUGACGACCAAGAUGAGGCUGCGGGAGGCGACGACGUGACAACGGUGAACGAAGCUGCCGUGUCGGUCGAAGACAUUACUCCGACGAUUGAUGUCGCAGACGUAGCGAUCGACGGUGAGACCCUGUCGCCGCCAUAAGCGGUGCUCUAAAAUAUAUCGGCCUUGCUCGCAA